GUUACUGAACGAGGACAUGUUUUCGUGUCGAGGUUAUCGUCACAAAACAUGCGGCGCUCUCGCCGAAGAAACGCCAUCGUCAUUGCAGCGAGCGGCGCAGGCGUUCUCCAUCGCGCGCACACAACGUGUGCGUUCUUUGUUCCGGAGCCCGUGGAUGUUGCACGGACAGUCUUGGCAUUUGUCGUGCGGAAUGCGAUAUCGCAUCCCUCACGACCAGCGCCAGGAGCACGCGCUCUUUUUCUUCAAUGCCAAGCCAAACAAGAGUCGUGGGGGCGGUCGCGUGGAACGAAUGAGAGAGAAGCAGAACGGGACACGCAAACCGUGUGCCCCGAUGUCCACGUCAUCCGUUCCCGCCGUCCCAGCCACUUGCGACACGUGGCACGACAUGAGGACAAUGAUGACGACGGUGAUGAGCACGAUGAUAGUGACGAUUACGGUGGUGAUGUUGAUCUGGGCGACGAUGUCGCUGACGAUGAUGACGAUGUUGAUGACGAUGAUGAUGUCGAUGAUGAUGUUCGUGAUGAUGAUGAUUGUGAUGACGAUGAUGAUGAUGAUGAUGACGAUGAUGAUGACGAUGUUGAUGAUGGCGAUGACACCAAAGAGGACGAUGGCGGUGAUUUCGAUGACGGCGAUGAUGUCGCUGAUGAUGAUGAUGUUGUUGAUGACGUUGAUGAUGUUGAUGAUGAUGUCGAUGAUGAUGACGAUGUUGAUGACGUUGACGAGGCUGAUGAUGAUGUUGUUGAUGAUGAUGAUGAUGUUGAUGAAGAUGAUGAUGAUCACGAUGACAAUGAUGGUGAUGAUGAUGAUGAUGAUGAUGAAGAUGAUGAUGCUGAUGGUGGUGGCGACGAUGAUGGUGAUGAUGGUGGCGAUGAUGAUGAUAAUGAUGACAAGCAAGAAUCACGGGGCCGCUUGCGACUUGAAACAGUUCUUCGGGGAGGCGCAGUUCUUCGACGACGGCGAAGCGCACACGAUGGCGCAACUGUUCGACAAGGGCUCAACGCAAACGGCGUUGGCCACUUGCUGACGCAGGACGCAGAGACGAGAUGUCGAAGCGGAGACAACCGAACCACAGACGAUAGUUGUCGACGAGAGGAAGCCCCUGCGCCCACGCCCGCCGCCGCCUGGCGCAACAGCGGAGCAGAAAAGGCGAUGGAGGAUGUCGUUGACGGGCCGCCGAGCGAGAAUGCGCUCGUCAGGCUCGAGAUGCGAAAGGGCUGCCCCAGACCCGAGGCAGCUGAGCGUCAGACUGUCGUUGCACCCCAUGGAAAGACCCGCCUGUGUUGCGUGAUGGAGGGGACCUUCUCGACACCAUGCAUCUUCGAGUCGAUCUUCUCGAGACCACAGGCCAUGAGUGCCGAGACGUACAUUCGCUUAGCAGAACCUUUUCGUCCUUGUGCGAAAUCCGUGCGGCAUUUCAACGGUGUGACGACGAUCCACGGAGCGAUCGCAGAGGACUUCGACGAGGACCCAUGGAUGACCGUCGUUUCGUGCAGGGACGCGCAUCUUGACGACUGGGGCGAGGGCAAUUGGGCCAGUAUGGAGAGUCAGUGCCCUUGGGCAAGCCAGUACAAGUUCGCGAAUAUGUUGGAGUUCGGGCACCUCAUCCCACUGCCUGACGCCGUCCUCGGAUAUAAGUUCAUGAACCAUAUGCGGAAAGCACUAAGCUGCAUUAGCCGCUACUUCACUUGCCUCGAGUGCCACAACGUCAGGUCGUCGCCACGAACUUGGGGUGGCUCGCGGAAACAAGAGUUGGUGGACUGCGCUCGUCGUUGCUCGUUCCUGGACCAGUACCCGCUCCGUUGCCCCGGGAUUUCUCCACGAGUUGUGUCGUACUGCUGUGUGCGGUUGACUGUGUCCGGAUCUGAUUUCGCCACAGUUCUGUGUGUCGCUGCUUCGAACAAGAGCAGGAAACUCGUCGACGCAGUUGUGCUCGUGUCGCGCAAUGAGGUUGUGAUUGAAGGGCAGUGGUCAACGGUUUUACAUGAAACAUGUGUACGGUUCGAAGGGGAAUGUCGUCGUCGGUGCCAAGGGGCAGUUCUCGACAUGUGUCUGUUCGAGGGGUUCGGAGCAGGUGCUGCCAACACCCCGUUCUACAACGACCUCCGGCAGCAGGGCGGGUUUGUUUUGGGUCGAGAGUUCGUCGACCUGUUGGAGGACAAGGGCAUCGCCCUCGACGUCCCUUGCGAAGUCGGUCCCGACCUGGAACUGUCAAUGCCCUUGCAGUCGUGCGGCGGUUGUGAGUCGAGCGGGGCAGCGGGGGAGGGGGGUGAUCUGGGUUCCGGGGAGGCUACACAUGUGCAGCAGGAGGAUGCCAGAGGUCAGUUUGACGACAGCGAAGAUGAGGCGACACCGUAUCCGCCGUUUUCGCCGUCGAGGGAAAGAGACAGCCCGCCGAGGGCAAUGGCGCGGAAGGCGAGGUUGUGGACGGGGAGGGAGCGCAGGGCACUCCCCAAAAAAGGAGGGGACAAUGUCAAGAAGAGUUGGUGGGCUCUUCGAAGAAACAGAAGACCAAGACCCCGAGGACUGCGGGAGAGAAACGGAAGGGGAGGGGGGUGGAAGAGGGCCACCCGGGUAGCAAACGUCCAGCUUCGAAACAUAAACAGCCCGAGUCGGGACCUUUCACCACGGUCUGCCAUCGACGUGGACGUCGGGUACUUCCUGGAGUAUAAAGACGGUGUCAGGACAAGGCGGGAGUUUGAGAUCAGCCCGGCUCAGAUCAUUGACAUAAGGGAGUGGGAGGAUCUUUACAACCAGCGGUCGCUAGAUCCCGUCCUCGUGGAAACGAUAGGGGAAGCAAUGCAGUAUGCGUUCGAAAAUAAAGAACAGACGUACGAGUUGCCGGUCUUCAAGCUCGCACCACUGGGGCUUCAAAAACCAACUCCUGGGACUAAGGCACAACGUCUGAAGCCGGAGGAGUGGAAGGAUGAGCUGGCGGGAGAAUACUACUACUACGCGGUGUGCGGGCAGCACAACGCGGCUGCAGCCAGGUCGCUGCUCGGCAGCGAGGUGGCCAAGAAGUAUAAUUUCGAGCGGUGGCCGGCACGGAUGGUGUACUUUUCCGACGAUGACUUCGAAGGGUAUUUUCUUGACAUGGUUCAGCUGGUGAAGUGCGACCGCGUGCUGGUCCGGUUGUGGAAUUACUACCAAUUCAAACACGAGAAGAGGUCGGACGCGGACUGGAUCCAGAGAUACCCUUUCCUAAAAUCGAGGUCUGCCGUAUUCAAGAAGUUUGAAGGUCAGGGAUUGGAUGACGAGUUGUGGGAUAACAACACGAAACACGUUUCCGACUCGGCGCUGUUCAAGGACUGCCCGCCGUACAUGGGUUGCGACCAGGACAACUCGAUUGAGGUGAUGGAGAAGUUGGCAGGCCACAAGAAGUUGUCCGUCGACUGGAGAAACGAGGUUCUCUCCGUGUUGAAUGGAAGCAGACUGAAGAGCCGGGAAGUCGCACUUGCCGAAGGCGUCGUUCACAUUAAAUGGAAAGACACGGGGGACGUGACAUCCAUCGCGCCGUUCGCCAACGACCCUUUAGAGGCGGACAUCAGGGGCGCAAAGCUGAAGGAGGCAGUGGCUGCCACAAAGAGCCACACGUUCGUCCUCGAUCUGUGUGAGCCGGUUGACCUCAAACUGUGGAAGCCCCAAGCGUGGGAGACUUUGAAUUCCUAUCUUCAGACGUGGUGUCCCUUGCAUUGGACUCUCGUGGUUUUCGUGCCACGGCAGCACAACCUGUCGUUUCUCGCCAACAUGCACCAUCUUUCUUUCGUCAAGCUGUUGGAAGGGAAGUGGGUGCGAAAAGUGCAGCAAAAAAAAAGCUUCCCCGUUGGGAACAAUUUGUACAUGGAGGAAGACCGCAUAUACAUCCUCUUCAAGGGUGACGAUCUGCGUGUCAACACGUCCGUGGUCUACGAGGGAAACCUCCCCACGGGUGCCGCUGCUGCGGUGCGAUUGCCUCAGAGGGUCACCCACACAGAUGUGUCCGAGAUUCCUUUCACGCCUUGCGACUGGUCGCUGGUGGCGCCUGAACGACAGGGCAGCGUCUAUGGGGAUAGGGAACGCAAUCCGACCCAAUUCGUGGUGAAAAGCGAGGUCAAUUUGAGUGGGCACAAUUGUGAGUUCAUGGUCGUGAGGCCAACACGGGAUAAGGUGUGGAGCAAGAAGACGGAUAUGUGGUUCAAGUUGAGCGAGAGGAAGAGGAACAAGAUAUACGAUUUCUUGUUCCUUCAAACGCGUCCGAGGAGGGACACUUACGCCGAGUACAUCCGUCGGAAGGACCACAUGUUGGCACUGCUCGACAACUACCACUUCGCCUCCCGCAUGAACGCGAAGACGUUUAUCGAAAGGCUGCAGUCGCUCUACUUCGUGGAGUCCGAGGAGCAAUUGAAGUUAGCCAGUUACGCUUCCCUGAUCUCCACUGGCGACGAGGAAGCCAUAGGUGUGGAGUUUGUCGCCAACGCGAAGGAGGAGGAGAGCGACACGGAGAGCAUCGACCUGCAGUACGACCCGCCUCCGGCGGACCACGGCGGAGGGUCCUCGUCGGCCGGUCCGUCACCAAGCGCUGCAGCCCUCGUGUCACCAUUGGCCAAACCGGCGCCGGGCACCACGCUGAUGAAGUUGCUGGAGAGACUUAGAGCUCUGGCCGCCCCCGCGCCCGCUUUGCGUCCCGGGUUCGUUGUCCCGCCCGAUCAUCCGUCUUGGAAGGAUGACAACAUCCACUUCCUGCUUGAACCGCAACCGAUACGAAAUGGCGAGUGGGUCAUGGCCGUGGCGAUCCCUGGUACGGGAUGGGUGUCAUUCCCACUCGAGUCGAAGUCCAACUUCCUGCACCUCGCGAGGAUUUCGGUCCUCCAGAAAGUGCAGGUUGAAAAUGACACUUUAGCACCCGGCGACCUGUGCCUCAUUUCCACUGCGGGUCGACUGUUUGACGAGCUUCAGGACAAGUGCUGGUUGGAAUUGACGGAGGACUACUACGAGCUCGACACGAGUCCGUCGAAGGGCGUGGUGGACUGGAAAGUGCCCCCUCCCAGUGGGUCGGACAGUGGUUCCGGGGGGGGGUCACCUGGAAGCGGAGGGGAUGGGGGUGGCGACGCAGGGGGUGGCGACGCAGGGGGUGGCAAAGGAAUCCCGCCUAUGGGGGAGAGAGGGUCUCACGGCCGCAACACGACACCGGGAGGCAGCGCCGGGGUGGCGGGUUUCGCCGUCGACCGGACUCUGUCGACAGGCACCCGGCCCGAGCACACGACACACUCCGCCGACCCCCAGACUUCGUCCGUGGGCUCAGCGAGGGACACGUUGGUAGCCUUGGUUGCUCUGGGCAUUCGCUCGGUCGGAAAGCCGAAGUCCGCGGGGAUCCGAACUACGUCAGGUGAGGAGCCGCCAGAGCGGUCCGGAAUGCGAAGCUGCUCGGGGUCGGGGGAUCCAAGCAUGGAUCGAGAAAUUCGCAGCAUUGCGACGCGGGACGGAAACGUCGGAACGGUGUCGCCUGCGCGGGAGCGACGGCCGCAAGGAUUGCAGCGGGAGGCUGCAAGUGCAGGGUCCGGCGACACGGAGACCACGAAGUCCGCCGAGAUCCGAACUUCUUCGGGCGGGGUUUGUCGGCCAGGGAUUGUCGUGCCGUUGAGAGGGGUAGCGUGCAUGGGGACGGAAGGGCGGUCCUCGCGAUUCGGCACGGGUACCGCGGAAGGGGACGAGUUUCGUGGCAAGGAAGUAGGGGAGGAAACGGAGGAACAAAAGGGAGCGCAAGAAGGGGAGGAAGAAGGGGAAGAAGAGGUGGAAGGGGAGGAAGCGGGAGAAACGGAGCUAAUUGAUUUGUUUGAAGGAAGGGAGGGUGCCGGGUCUGGAGAAGACGAAGUGGAACACAGUGAGGACGAUACCGGAUCUGGAGAGUCGUCUGACAAGUUCGGACAACUGUACGGAGAGCAUCACGAGGAUGAUGUCGACGAAGAUGCCACGACAAUAGAGAUGGAGACACAAGUGGUCAGCAGUCUUUCCGCAGAGCGUGAAGAUUAUGCGGUCCGGCCACUGACGUCUGCUGUCGACUUGCAGCGCCGGUUCGACGAGGCUUCCGUCACUAUCAGCCCGUCUGAAAAAAGUCGACGUAUCCUCGGCGACCACAACGUGUCUGCCCGUCCGUCCGCAACUGCCAACGUCGCAUCUUCCGUGACAGCUGCCCUCGCUUCGUCGCCGCCGAAGUCUCUGGUGCUGCAGGCCACCCUUGCCGCCGAAGGGGAAGGCGAGUGCGGUGGAGGACAGCAUUUGACGUCCCCGAAAAAAUCAAGGUUCGGCGGUCAAGCUCUCGACGUGCUCGCUUUGCCUGCGCCAAAUUCACCAUCGAAGGAGCGGAGAGAAAAACAGACUGGUAAGCCUUGAAGAACGCCUGCGCAUCCGGAUGUCG